GAAUUUUUCGAGCUGCACGAUACGUAUUCUCUCUCACAGCCCGUUAUAAGCGAUCGGAGAGCUCGGAAUUUUUCUAGAACGCAAUCACCCGUUGAAUCAUACACAUCGUGUCCCAGUGUUGAGUGAAUUUUUCCGUCGAAAUGGCACCCAAAACCAGUGGAAAAGCUGCGAAGAAGUCUGGCAAGGCCCAGAAAAAUAUUUCCAAGUCCGACAAGAAAAAGAAGCGCAAGACCCGCAAGGAAAGCUACGCUAUUUACAUCUACAAAGUGUUGAAGCAAGUCCACCCGGAUACUGGCAUCUCUUCGAAGGCCAUGAGCAUCAUGAACAGUUUCGUCAACGAUAUCUUCGAACGCAUUGCUGCUGAGGCAUCCCGCUUGGCGCACUACAACAAGCGUUCGACGAUCACGUCCCGCGAAAUCCAAACCGCUGUUCGUCUGCUGCUGCCUGGUGAGCUUGCCAAGCACGCCGUCUCCGAAGGAACGAAGGCUGUCACAAAGUACACCAGCUCGAAGUAAGCCACUGAAAUGAUUGGCUUCUUUUCAUGAACCUCUCUUAAAUCGGUCCUUUUCAGGA